CAAACAGAAGAUCAUAGACGAACUUUGAGGUUGGGCGAUAGUAGAGUAGAACUGAUCUGAGUGAUGAUCACGUUAAAUAACCGUCGUCGUCGUCGCUGUCUCAUUUAUUUAAGUUAAAUUUAAGUUUUUUGUUUUGUUUUUCGUAUUUUUAUAUUGUUUACAACAAUCAUGAGUCAACCAUCAGCUGAAAACACCGCCACCAACGCCGCUACCGCCACUGCCGAAAUUGACAAUCAAACAUCCGAAGAUAAACAAAUCGAAAAUCAAAAGAUAUUUGAUAAUUUUGCAACACCGUUAGUUGGACAAUUUCUUAACCUACCCAAAGAACCGGUGGAAGUAACUUGUCCGGCAUGUCACAUCCGCGCUCCGUCCGAAGUCAUUCGAGACCUUAAAUGGUAUACCAGCACCGUGAAUGGAAUCUAUUCAUUUCUCUUUAUAUUGUGCUGCUGCUGUUUUUGUCGAAGUUUUUCACAUCCAUGUAAGCAUACAGAUACGAACCAUUACUGCAAAAAUUGCGGUUGCUACUUUGGGCGCGUAAUGAAACCAAAAAAGUAUCUUAAGAAUUCAAAGUGAGAUGUUCCUUUAGAUAUUUUGUAUUAUUUUAUUUUACUUUAUUUUAUUUAUUUUUUGUAUUUUUUGCGUGUACACAUCGAAAAUAAAUAAAGUUAUUUUUGGAAAACAAAAAACCAAAAAAAAAUAAGAAGAAAAA